AUGGAGGUCUUUGUCAAUGAGGCGGCAUUCAAGGCCUUCCUGCGGGAGUCUGAGAAGGUCAGGUAUGACGAGCCAUCUGUCGCAGCCUUGGCGAGUGAUGUUGAGCCGUACAGACAGGCUCACGAACGUCGCGAGAGAGCAGUCCUAGCAUUUAGGCGGAAGCCUCGCAAUCAGGUCGAACGCACGGAAAACAUGACCGAAGAGGAUAAGCUUAAGAAGCGUGAUGAAGUCAUGAAGCGCGUGAACUCUAUGUCCAUGGUCGAUCUCCUCACGGAUCUCAUGCAGGAAAAGAAGCUUACACUUUCACGGGGCGAGCAGGCCGAUUUUGCAGCCCUUAAGCGGCGCCGUAUGUUGGAGCACGGUGCUAACACCCCCAAGCGUAGGCCUCUCCCGCUACCAGAGCUCAAGAAGCUCCGCCAGGCAGAGCGUGCCUACAAUAGGCAGUGUCAGGACGAAACCAGAGAGACGGGGCUCUACGGUAUAAGUAAGACCGGCAGGAAGUAUACUCCAGCAAUGGGCACCAUGGAGAAUAUUAUGGAUCUGACGUGGGAGAAGGUGCAUCCUGAGGCUGCAAAGAGACACCGUAAGCUUUCUGACCACCGCGGGAGGCCUUCAAUGUGGGACGGGUCUCGCAGCAUAGAUGGACUUCUAGGAAGGUAUGCGGAUGGAGAGCUCCGCAUUAGACACUCCACCAUCCGGAAGCUUGGAGGCAGAGUUGAGACAGCCAGGGACCGAAAGGCCCAGAAACCCGUCCGCCGCGAGUCCUAG